AUGAGUUUCCAGUGGUCUGAUGAGUGUGUGAAGAGCUUUCAAAAUCUCAAGGUCUUGUUGAUGUUAGCUUUUAUUUUGACCUUACCCGAUGAGGCUGUAGAUUUCAUCGUGUAUUGUGAUGCUUGUCGAGUCAAACUAGGUGGUGUUAUAUGCAAAAAGUGUCAUUGUGAAAUCUUCAUGGAUUAUAAGAGUCUUCAGUACAUUUUUAUUCAGAGGGAUCUGAACUUGAGGCAACGCAAAUGGAUUGAGCUACUAAAGAACUAUGACAUCACCAUUUUGUAUCAUUUAGGGAAGGCCAAUGUGGUGGCUGAUGCUUUGAGUAGGAAGACUUCUAGCACGGGGAGUCUUGCUGUUAUUAGUGUGGAGGAUAGACCAUUGGCUAGAUAUGUUUAA